GGCUCAGACUCGGACAAAGCCUUUUUCAAUACUACGCAAUAUAAAAUUAAUUGCUAAAACUCUAUUCUAAUACCAUCUCAACAUUCUCGGACCACUAAACCUAGCAGCUCUGGUGUGCCCGUUCCUAGGUAACUUCAAUGUUAUAACAAUAUGAAAACCUGGUUUUCCCCUCUGGACCAUCCACCAACCUGGUUUUUGGAUUCUCGACUCCAGCUGUUUCAUCGCGGUGUUCUGCUUUCAAAUGUCUUAGCUAAAACUACCAUCAUCUUUUUUCCUUUUUUCUUUGAUGCUCGUUGCCCGCCUUCACUUCGCCUCACCAGUACUUACUACUUACUGCCUACUUAGCUUUACCAGGUCUGGGGAUUCCAUUAAUUGAUGGGUUUCUUUAGUUCUCCUUGGUGGUUUGGAUGGCUCUUUUUAUGCCCAAUAGUUCUUUUGUGGCAUGUUUCACAGCUCUUGUCUCCAACCUCAAAAUGGGGAACUCAGCCACUGCAGGGUCUAUCUUCUCAGGGUAUUUUAUAGCUCAAUAUAGGAUGCCAAGUUACUGUAUUUUCAUACAUUAUACUAGUUUGUUUGUUCAAGUUAUUGAAAUAAUUUGAAGGAAAAAAAAUGCAAUAGUAUAAUUUAAAUAUAAACUGUAUUUUGCUAGUUCAAAGGGAAUAGAUUUCGUUAUUGUUUUUAUCGAAAUGUAUCACUGCAAAUAUUAUUGGCAUAAUAUAAUAUAAAUCUUAUUUAGUUAAUUUGAAAGGAUUAUUUAUGUAUACAAGCCUUAUUUUGGUUAAUUGGAACGGUUUUUUAUUUGUACAUCUAAAAUGGUAAGUAAAAAUACAAUAAUAAUAAGGCAAUUACAAAAGCGAAGUGGAAAGAGAGAAGAAGUACAAAUGACAUGACAUAUAAACUUACAUGGAAGAAUUUUCUUAUUUUUAUUUUUAUUUUUUUCCGCCAUUGCCAUCUGUUACAUUAUGGAGCACUAUUCGGGUUUUCCAAAGCCUCUUCAGUUUUAAAACUGGGGGCUUCCUUUAUAUUUUAAACUGAUGAAGCCAAAUGCAAAAAGGAAGCCUGUUUUGUUUUUUUUUUUUUUUAAUAUCUAUAUAUUAAGAUUCUCUCUCUCUCUCUCUCUCUCUCUCUCUCUCUCUUUUUUCUUUUUGUUUUUUUAGAUGAAUAUAUUUCAGUUUUUCAGCUCUUCAACCCUAAAUUGAAGUUUGUUCUUCUUUUGCAUGUUGAUCAGGACAUGCAUUAUAAAGCAAAAGAGUCUUCUAUAAGUGGAGUCUUUGCAUACCACUGGAAGUGGAUGGGAUCCUACUUUGCUUGGUCUUGUGUUAAAGAUCAGUCAAAGCGGGAAUGCAUUUGACGGAGAUGUCGUUCAGUACAUAUUUUGAAGAUAUGCAUGAUGAUGGUUUUGAGGGGUCACAUGAUGACCACAGUAUUUCUACAGAAGUUUUCUCUAAAAAUGAUACUGGCAGAAUAAGUAAAAGGUGCCUUGUUACUGGAGCUACUAAUUUCAAGGGUAUCAAGAGUCCAGAAGCAUCACUAUGUUCUUACAGUGCAAGCUCAGCUGUAACAAGCCUUUCUUGCUCAAAAACUUUAUGCCAGGAGGUUUCCAAUUUAGCAAAUGACAAUUGUGGUUGGGUUUCUGCAUUAGGGAGCUUUCCUGAAAGAUAUGCUCUGGCUGAGAGAGAUGACCAGAAUGCGAGUUUCAAGCGUAUGAAGCUUUCCACUGGUGAAGUUUCCAGGGGCGAAGCACAAAAGAAAAAGGCAUUGAGUGCACCAUUGCAGCAGAAGGAAAUAGUUAGUGGCUUGUCCUCGACACCUACAAAUUCUGUUUGCCAGAGAGUUAUGCCUUAUUUAGUUGAAUCAUCUGCUGUAGAAACGGAAAAAGGUGCUGAAAUGGAAGAUGUAGAUGUUACUAAGUCCAGAAUACAAGACUCAGGUGCGAGUGAAGGAAAAGAAGUGGUAGUAGGUAUAGCUAUAGCUUCACCUGUCUCCGAGGAGAGUUUUGCAUCAAAGGUUGUUGUUUCUAGCCCGGAAACUGCUUUGGUAAAGUUUGAGUCUCCUUUAUGUACUCAGGAAAGAUUUAAUUUAUGCCAAUCAUUUGGAGUGGACGGUUCUAAUAUUUCUGGGGCAACAGUGUCUAAGAAGGAUCCCCGUCCUCUUCUGCAGAGCCAUGUUUUUCACGUACUAAAAGGAGCAGGCUGGUCUAUUGAGAGAAAGAAAAGGCCCAGUAGGAGUUAUAUGGAUACAGUUUAUAGAUCACCUGAGGGGAGGCUAUUUCGUGAAUUCCCUAAAGUUUGGAGAUUUUGUGGCGAGGUUUUGUUGGCUGAUAAAUACGACUUCAUGCUGGAAAAUGAUGGUAAGAAAUGGACUGACAUGAUCCAGUUCUGGUCUGAUCUCUUAGAGACAUUGUUGAAUAUCGAGAAAGAAAUUAACCGAACAAACCUUUCUAAUGCAUUGGCUCUACAUUGGACUCUAUUAGAUCCCUUUGUAACUGUUGUAUUUAUUAAUAGGAAGAUUGGUUCUUUAAGAAAGGGAGAUGAGGUUAAAGCAGGAAGAAGUUUAGUUAUUGAAAAGAACAAGAAAAAUGAUACUGUUUUGGCACACAGGAAAAAAGUUACUAUGAGAAAGUUCUGUUCUCAGGGAAUGAUGCCAACUCAGCAUUGUGAUUCUUCUCUGGCCGCUAAAAGUUCAUUGACAGUUCCCAAGAGGAGCUAUGAUUCCUCUGAGGAGCUCUCUGGCAAUGGAAGUUUGUCAAAAUUCUAUGGUAAAAUGAGUAGUGGGGCAGUAAAAUGUCUAAAAGAUGUAUCUAAUAUGACUGACCAAGAAGGUUCGUAUUUGGUAGAUACUGCGAACAGGUUAGAAACUUUUGGUUGCGAGUUCAAAGGUUUGCAUAUUGUUUCAUCACAUGCUUGUGGAUCGGAUAACACAUACGGUCAGCUAGUUAGUUCUCAAUUUAUUUAUCCUGUUGCUUCUGGAGAUGUUACCAACAUGCUUCAUGGUUUCAAAUCUGUUUCCCCUCACCAAGAUAGCAACACAAUAUCUCCAAGCUUUGGUAAACAAAUGUCUUUAUGUAAUGGAGAAACUCUUAAUGAGGUUCCAGGAGAUGUAUCGUUUGAUUCUCAGGAGGAAAAAGAUAAAACAUCUGGAGCUCUAGAUGCUGGCAAUGUCAGAAAUUUUCCACAGCAUUUACUGGAUGACCAUCGAAGCUACCCUAGUGAUAGCCUGAUUCAGUCUGGGGAUGGUGAAGAUCAGUUUGAGAAGUCUGCUGAAGCUCUGAAGUUUGAAACAAACAAUGAAAACUGUGCACAAAAUGCUAUUUUGAAAAAGAAGGCACGCAGGAGAUCUAGAAAGAUAUCUGAAAUAAGUUUGACCACAUCAUAUCAAAGUGAUGUUCUAUGUUCUUAUACUCCUGAUAUGAGUGAACAAGAUAUUGACUCAUGCCAGGCUGACUUAAAUUCAAAGGAGAUCCAAAAAUCAUUUGAAACCAAGGGAAGCCUACAAAAGUCCUCAUCUCCUGGGCCUUCCCAAUGUCAAGUGGAGAAAAGAGGCUCAAAUUUUAAGAGGAUUUGUUGCAAUCGUGAUGGUUCUGAAAGUAGAAAGAAGAAAUCAACUGAAUGCCAAAUUGAAGAUGAUGACCUGCUGGUUUCUGCAAUUAUAAGAAACAAAGACUUAAGCUUGGGUGCCACCAGAUCUAAAUUGAAGGCCCCCAAAGUAAGAGCUCAGACCAAGUUCAAGAGAAAGAGGGGCCGCCCAAGGUUGCUUCCUCGAGUAAAGGGUAAAGGAAGGAAGCAUGUUACUAAGAUCAAGUUGAAUAAUGUUGGGUCCAGAACAGUGCUCUCAUGGCUGAUCCUAGCUGGGGUCAUUUCACUGAAUGAUGUCAUCCAAUCUCGGAAUCCUUAUGAUGAUGCUAUCGUUAAAGAUGGCUUUGUUUCCUUGGAAGGAAUAACCUGCAAGUGUUGCAACAGGGUGCUAUCAGUUUCUGAGUUUAAGAACCAUGCUGGAUUCAAGUUUAACCGUCCCUGCUUGAAUCUUUUCAUGGAAUCUGGUAAGCCUUUCACUUUAUGUCAGCUACAAGCAUGGUCUGCUGAGUACAAGACCAAAAAGAAAGGAAUCCGGAAGGUGGAAGCUGACGAAAAUGAUCGAAAUGAUGAUUCCUGUGGUCUAUGUGGAGAUGGUGGUGAACUGAUUUGUUGUGACAACUGCCCUUCUACUUUUCAUCUGGCUUGCCUGUCUAUGCAGGAAUUACCUGAGGGUGAUUGGUAUUGCUCAAAUUGCACUUGUUGGAUAUGUGGGAAUUUUGUUAAUGAUAAAGAGGCUUCAAAUCUGUUUGAUGCAUUCAAAUGUUCCCAGUGUGAACACAAAUAUCAUAAGGAAUGUCUGAAUGAUAAAUUUCAAUUCAAAGAAAAGGAAUCUUGGCUCUGUGGGGGAAGCUGUGAGGAGCUAUACUCAGGUCUUAGUUCUCGACUUGGCAUGAUUAAUCACCUCCCUGAUGGCUUUUCUUGGACACUUCUUAAAUGUAUUCAUGAAGAUCAAAAAGUUUACACUGCUCAAUGGCUUGCCCUGAAGGCAGAAUGCAACUCAAAAUUGGCCGUCGCUUUGUCUAUCAUGGAAGAAUGUUUUCAGUCUAUGGUUGAUCCAAGAACUGGGGUAGAUAUGAUACCCCAACUCUUGUACAAUUGGGGGUCAGAUUUUGCACGCCUUAAUUUUUUUGGAUUUUAUUCUCUCGUCUUGGAGAAGGAUGACGUGCUGAUAUCUGUAGCAUCCAUCAGGAUUCAUGGGGUUACAGUUGCAGAGAUGCCUCUCAUUGCAACUUGCAUAAACUAUCGUCGUCAAGGAAUGUGUCGACGCCUUAUGAAUGUUAUUGAAGAGAUGCUCAUCUCAUUCAAGGUGGAAAAGCUGGUUAUAACCGCCAUUCCAAACUUAGUGGAAACAUGGACUAAGGGUUUUGGCUUCACACCAGUAGAGGAGGACGAAAGAAAAAUGCUUAAGAAGAUCAACUUGAUGGUGUUUCCCGGAACGAUAUUGCUUAAGAAGCCCUUGUAUCGAGAAUCAACUGAUAUAGUAAUUCACUCUGUAGGAGAUCAACCUGUAUAUAAAGCCAAUGCCGAAAUAGGAACUGAGCUUGCCGGAGACAAGAACCUGCAAGAAUCAGAAAUAGAUGGUAUGAAGGAAAUCAAAACCACUGAUGCUGGCGAAGUGGUUGAAAAACCAACCUUAAGAGUUACAGAAACUACUAGAUUAGGCAUUUGUACAGCAGGAGAACCGGUCAAUGAAUAUGACCAGUGCUCUGACCAUAAUCGUUGCUCAGCUGAGCCGGAUGACAGGCUCAACGUUGGGCCGUGUCGAGAAACCCCUGCUGCAGAAAUUAACUCUGCAGCCCAAUUUGAGAGUUGUUGUGGUGACAAUGAAGCUGGUAACGAGCCGAAAGCGGAGUUUAAGCAGCAAUUAGUAGAAAAGCAGUGGUGAAAUGGAUUAGAAGGUAAGUGGAAAGAGAAGAAUAUAAACAGUAGCUGACCGGAAAGAAAAUAGUUUGCAGGAACAAUUUUCAGAUAGCCAUAAUUUUUUGGGGGUUAGUUCCUAGUUUUAAGGCUUUAUAUUAUGAUUAUAAUUAUUUGUAAUGAGACAGAUUUAUGUGGAAGAAUAGGUGGAGCCUGCAAAAGAAAGACUUGUGAAUUUUGCAAAAUGUUUUAAGUAGAAAUAAUAUUAUAAAAA